AUGCCACCCCAGAGGGAGACCACAAGUUCCCCUUUGCCUCUCGCGUCCUCAAUCAAGUCCUUAUCGCCGGGACCCCGAGGAUUGUAUCUGUGUCCAUAUUGCAGCAGAGGAUUCAAUAAGCAUGAGCAUCUACAGCGACAUGAGAGGGCUCACACUAUCACAAAACCCUUUCAAUGCACCGCUUGUGAUCGGAAGUUCAGUCGACAAGAUUCGAUGCAGAGACAUUUGCGGCUGAAGCACAGAUCAGCAUCUCAGUCUGUAAUUGAAUUGUCUGCAGGAGAGGAGUCCUUGCCUAUAUUGGGUGGCUCAGAACCACCAUUCGGCUUCAGUCCUACUGCGGUCUCUUUGCCGGCCCAUCCGGAAGCAGGUCGUCCUUAUGACGCGGACACUGUAGGGAGCAGUAUAUGGUUGAGUGAAAUGAUGGACCCCCCCAGUUCCACAUUGAGAACAACACUUUCUGGGCACGACCCAAAAAGUCUACCAAACGGCGACACUUUCAGAACAGUCCCUGAGGCCACUCAUACGUCCACGUCCUCCACCCUCGGGAUCAGCAGCACGAAUGAAAGUGCACAAACUGUGGCAACGUAUCCAGAGUUUGAUACUGUCGACUUCCCGAUAGGUGCACCGCCUUCGGGUGAUGACAUGUGGCAGCUUUUGUCGGAAGAGAUUCUGCCAGGUUCUCAUAGUCUUCACGCCUCUCCGCAUUUCUUAGCUGAACUUGGACUUGAUGCAAACGCAUUUUUCCAGAGCUCGACAGAUCCUGUGAGCCGCGGACCUCAAUGCGGUGACGUAGUACAAGAUACAGACUCGUAUCUUGAUAGAGGUAGCUUCGAAGGCCCUUCACUAUCUUCAAAUGCGGUCAAUGUAGAAGAGCGCGGAGAAUUUGCUUUGUCAGCCACAAGUACCAUGAUGGCGCGGAUGUCAUCGAGUAUCCCUACCGAAGUCCCCCCUCUAUCCUCGGAACUGCUGGCGCUCUGCCUGAACAUGUUUUGGACCCGUAUAUGGCCAACGUACCCAUUAAUUCACCCUUCUACGUUCAAUAUGCGACAGACCUCUGCUCCCCUGCUCAUCAAUAUGGUUGCUCUUGGAAGCUUAGCGACACAGAAUAAGAAUAUACAAAUCAAGGGGACCUCUUUGUGGAACUUGACAAAUAGAAGUAUCAUUCUUAGUUGGAAUCAACUGAUAGAAAAUCGGGGACCAUACGAUGCUUGCAAAGGCGUCCAGUUGAUACAGACUCUGGCUCUUGGAUCACUGUUUGCCUCGACCUCAGCGAGUCCAUUUGUAGUCAAUGCUGCAGGAAUGUCCCUAGCGAAUGGGUUUCGAUGGUCACAACUUGCCGGUGUGGACGAUCCUCAAAUCGUCAAUCGGACUUUCCUCGUUGCUGCUGAAGAACAACUCACAGAUACGGAAUUGGAAACUAGAUGGAGGCGUUGGGCAACUCUUGAAGACUUGAAACGAUCCUUGAAUAUGCUUUACAGCAUGGAUUGCUCGCUAGCUGCAAUGACAGGUUUACCCACGACGGGACGACACCUUAGCAUACCGUAUGGUGGACCGUGGGACGAUGAAGCGAGCUAUCUCGCUGCAAAUGCGGGUUCUUGGAGGAAGGCAAUUAAUUCCAGUCGCAGCAAAGUACCGUCCGUGACAUACGAACCAUUGGCAAACAUGUUCCAAUAUUUUUUCAAGCAAGACACCAGCUUCGACAACGAUCUAGCAUCCUUGUCGUUCAUGUCAAGAGGAUCUAUUCUAGAUGGUUUAACAUCGCUCAUUUUAGACGCUUCUCGUCCCCAAUACGUGACAGGCUUUGGGCUCGCUGAUUUACAGUCAACUGAUCGGGCACUAAGUCGUUUCUAUACAGUCUUUCUUCAUCGAACACCCGAUCUACGAACACAAAGUGUCCUCAUUGGCCUUUGGCACGAAAGGGUUAUAAUGUUAGGAAACGUCAUAGGCAAGCAGAAAGGUCACUUAGGAUCACAGCUCUGGAAGACCCCUCUCGGUCGUCAUAUUUUACUGCACGCCAAUAGCAUUAGGCAGAUUAUGGAAAAUAUCAGAUUGGGUCGGGCAAAAAUACCUAUGGCCAAUCAAGUACAAGUAGCAUAUGCGGCUGCAACGGUUUUCCGAGAUUAUGUAGAAGCCAACAGUAUCAACCCUACCACAUUAUCAGCCGGGUCCUACUCUUUAAAUAUGACCGUGGAUUGGCAACAGCUUAACCACUCGAUGGGGUCAUGUUGUUCGGGAGAAUCGGUGGAUAUAUCGACCUCAUCCUCGCCCCUUAAUGCCAAGGAUUUUAUCAUUCACGGCGGAACACCAGUUCUGCAUGGCCUUCAAUUGAGCAGUCACGAUAUAGAUCCAUUCAUGACAGUGCUGGCAGCUCUCGGGCGAACUUUCCCUCGAGCUGAAGCAUUAGCCUCGGCUCUAAGCGAUAAAAUUUUGUAA